AUGGCGAAGCAAACCAGAGGCCGUCAAAAGGUUGACAUGAAGCUCAUAGCAGAUGAAAGCAAACGUCAUGUGACGUUUUCCAAGAGGAGGAUGGGCCUCUUCAAGAAAGCUGCCGAGAUCAACAUUCUCACCGGUGCCGAGGUCGCCGCUAUUGUUCUCUCUAGGCACGGAAAGGCCUACUCCUUUCGAACCCCGGGUGCGAAAUCCUUCAUCGACGACUCUUUCGUCAACCGGAACCACUCACCAGCGCCGGCGCCGGAGGACGGCAGCCGCCGUGAAGUGGAGUUGCUGGUGGAUGCGUUGAGCCGCCAAGAGGAGGAGAAGGAGCGAUGCGAGAUGGAGGCGAAGAUGAUGGGAGACGGCAGUGGAGACGGAUUAGGGUUUUGGUGGGACCGUCCAAUUGAGGGUAUGGAGAUGGGGGAGCUGGAGCGGUUCCAGUCAAGGAGGCUGUGGUGA